UCUGUCAAAUUAUUUAGCUAGCAAAUGUUAGCUAGUUAGCUGGGAUGUCACCGAAAGGAAUGGGUAACUGAGCAGUUUCUGAGUAAAUAACUCCAGGUCAGCGGUUACAGUUUCCAUUGAAUAGUAUUUUGUAGAUCCAUAUCAAGUACGCAACGAAUGGCCCGGGCGGCUCUUGUCGUGGGACCUACAUAAAACGAGGGACACCUAUUCCAGCUCCUUAUGAGUGAUGAACUUAAACCCCUUCUGGAGUAUGUCUGCCAAUACAAGUCGCAAGCAGAGACCUGACAACGAGGAGCAGAGUGGGCAUGGCGAGCAGAGAGCCAGUCCAGCCCGACUGCCCUUUGGCAAAAAGCAGCUUCCUGCUAUUCCCAAGAAUGCAACCCCCAUCACAAAACCAUCCUCAACCGGAACCCCAGCCCAGUCAGCCAAUGGUACACACGCCUCCUAUGGCCCCUUCUACUUGGAGUACUCUCUGUUGGCAGAGUUCACGUUAGUGAUUAAGCAGAAACUCCCUGGAAUUUAUGUUCAGCCAUCCUACAAGUCAGCUCUGAUGUGGUUUGGGGUCAUCUUCAUCAGACAUGGAUUAUACCAGGAUGGUGUCUUCAAAUUCACAGUCUAUAUUCCAGAUAACUAUCCAGAUGGGGAAUGUCCUAAAUUAGUAUUUGACAUUCCUGUCUUCCAUCCCCUCGUUGACCCUGUGUCUGGAGAGCUUGAUGUAAGAAGAGCUUUCACCAAAUGGAGACGAAAUCACAACCAUAUCUGGCAAGUCUUGAUGUAUGCACGAACAAUUUUCUACAAGAUCAACACUACAGAACCACUCAAUCCUGAGGCUGCUGUGCUCUAUGAAAAGGAUGUUCAGUUGUUCAAAAGCAAAGUGGUGGAUAGUGUGAAACUAUGCAACAGUCAUCUUUUUGACCAACCCAAGAUAGAUGAUCCCUACGCAAUAAGUUUUUCUCCUUGGAACCCUGCAGUUCACGAGGAAGCAAAAGAGCGGAUGUUCACUUACAAAAGACGGCCUGAGGAUCACCACAAGGGAACGCAGGUGUCAGGCCUGUCUUGGGUGAAACCUGGAUCGACACAGCCCUUCAGCAAAGAAGAUAGCCCUCCCCAGAGCUGAAGCUGCACUGUCACCGCAGCGACCACUAGAGGGAGGUACAAGCCUCUGCCAUGCCACCGGCUUGCAUCAGCUGUUAUGUGAACUGGAUCCUUGAAACAGGAGAACUCGAUAUUAACUCUCCAUGUUAUUGCUCAGCUUUAAAGGCUUCGUAGGCAUCUUUUUAAAACAGCUUUAGAAUAAGGAAAAAGUUUGUAUCAUAUGUAAAUUGACGAUGACAAAUGGAUGUCGCUGCAACACUUAGGCUGCGGUGCGAACAAAGAGCUUUGUCAUUUUGAGUUUGGAUCCAUGCGCAUGUUAGGCUAGGUGACAAAAUCUUUCCCCAUGGGAGACAGAAAAGUAUGAACAAAGCAAAUCUGCAUUCGCAUCCAUAUGUGAGUUUGGCGGACAACAAACCACUUGUUGAAAUUGGCUCAGGACUGUUUGCUUGUCAGACUUGGAAUGUUUCAAGUAACAGCUGAUUGAAACAUCCUCAUCACUACUCCCGGUAUCCACACAGACCGACAAAACCUGCUUUUAUUUGUUUCUGUUUGGAUAGUGAUUUCUUUUUAAUUUUACUGUGUAAACUAUAUUGUCUUACAUAGUUUAUAAUAUAUAUAUAAAGCAGAGUGGGUGAGGACGGUUUUAAAUAAGAUGUUGAGUGAGCUCAUGUAUUUUAUUGUCUUUUUUUUUUUUUUUUUUAACCAUUUUUGAAUAUUUUAUGUACCCUUGACUCAUGGUUAUUAAAGGUUUGAUCUGUACAUAUUGGAUGCUGUGCUAAGGUUUGACUUCCAGGGACAUGUUUGCAUCAGUGCUUAGAUUUACUAAGUGGGUGUUGGUUUUCUUUGCAAAUGUAAGUUUAGCUCCUUUAUAUUAUUAUUUCUUCACAAGAGCUAGAUAUUACUACAGGACUGUGUACGCAUCUGAUACAAAUCAAAUGUAUUUUCAUAAAUUCUAGUUAUUCACCUAUUUUUAAGCAGCACAAAAUCAAUGGCAUACUAGAGUACUAGUCGGCUCCAAGACUCCACAUUUUCUAUAGUUCCAGGUGAAACUGAUUUUAUAUUUGAUGUCCUGAUUUGUGGUGGGAUUUAACACAAGAGGAAAUAUCACCAACUCCUAUUCAAUAUGCAAAUGUUAAGUUAAGAAUGUAGAGAUGGUAUGGAAUAAUUAAAAUGUGUGGGAACAAAUAAAGACUGUAUGACAGUAGACGCGGUGUUGGAUCAGUUAAUUCUGGAUCUGAAUGGCAAAGCACUUAAAGUCUGGUAUGGGCUGCGUGGCUUCAGCAAACAGAGGAGCUGUAAUGUGUUCUGUAAUGAACCAUUUUUCCAGUUUGUGAAUUACAUUAGAUUCAAAUGCUUUUCUCUGAAAUCAAUAAAAUGAUCCAAAACCAA